CGACUGGCUUUGCAAAUAAAAACAAAAACAAAAAAUAAAGGUCACAAACAGUUGUUACGCAGCAUCAAUGGGCAAUUUCGAGCGCACGAACUAACCGCUAUUAUGGGACCGUCAGGAGCGGGGAAAACUACAUUAUUGAAUCUACUUGCCGGCUAUGGCGCAAAGAAAACAUCAGGCGAAAUUAUGGUCAACAAUAGUCCGCGUAACAUGAAAAUUUUCCGCAAAAUGUCACGUUACAUCAUGCAAAACGAUGUGCUGGAUCCACAUUUCACGGUGCUGGAAGCGAUGUUGUUGGCCGCCAAUUUGAAAUUAGGCAACGAACUGAAUAGCGCACAGAAAUUAGAAGUGGUGAGUUAAAAGUUAGGGCAAUUCUACAAUUGAAAGCUCUUUUCCUUUUUCGAAAGACUAAUUGAGAGAUCUACUAACGAGGAGGUCU